AUGGCGCCUCCCGUGUACAUUAUUUCCCGCGUUGCGGACCCGAUCUUUGCCGUGUUCAUUGGUGUUUCGGCAGCUGCGUUGAGAAUCAACCGCGAGGAGAAAGAGAAGGGCAGGACUACUCAGGAGACCCUUCAAGCCGUUCGUCGUCGCCUCGGUUUGGAGAAACGCUCUCAAUGA